AUUAACUUAUUGAAUUAAUUUUAAUAUUAUGUAUAUAUAGUAGGUGCAUAUCAGUGUGUGGUAUUGUAUGCCUUAAUUAAAUGGAUGCUUAGUUGCUUUUGAUUUAAGAAAUAUUAGGCGCUUCGGGUCCCUUGGCUCGGAUAGGGUAGGGAGUUGGCUCAUUCUAGUUUCCUGCCACCCCCCCCCCCCCAUUUAUUUUCUACUGAACUUUCUUCCUCAAUAUUGACUUUUCGUGGUCUUACUGAACUUCUUAUUUUGCAGUAUGCCACCGAAGAAGAAUGUCGGGGGGCCUAAGGGCAAGGGUCCUGCGAAUAAGAUUCCAGCAAAGCGCCCGCCUCCACCAAGUGGUCCUGCAACCGAGGAUGAAGACUCAGCACAGUUGUUGAGAGUGUUGGUCGCCCGCAUUGAGGCACUGGAAAGAGAGAAAGCAGCGGCUGCUGCUGCGGAGGCGCAGAAGGCUGGUGGGGGCAGUAACACCGGGCUAAUUAAGUCCUUAUUUUCCCGUAUUUCUGCCUUAGAAGGGGAAAGGAGUGCCGCGGUGCCUGUCACUGAUGCGAGCCUGGUUACAUCUACGCCGGUGGCCGCAGAAGCUGUUCCAUCUACUUCGGCGGCAGCAGCUGAGAUGAGAAGUGCCGUAUCCGCUUUAGAACCCACCCUGUUGGCGAGUAGACGACGCGUCCUGAUUUGCGGGCACAGUUAUGUGCACUGGGCAGAGCGACAGGCGCGCAGAGGUCCCUACGGCCAGCAUCUCGGCCUCGCUUCCUUGGCUUUUGUUGAAUGGAGGGGAAGAAGAGGUCUGCGGUGGGAGGGUUUGCUCCCUUUGUUGUUUGGGUCAGGGGUCCGUUUUCCACCUGACCUUAUUGUUAUGCAUUUGGGAGGCAACGAUUUGGGGCUGCUUAAAGGCAGGGCCCUUUUUCUCCAGGUUUUAAAUGACAUGCACAAGAUCCAGGAGGUGUGGCCUCAUACCGGAUUGGCAUGGUCAGCAAUUAUUCCUAGGCCACGUUGGCCCUAUGGGGACGGUAAAAAAUUGGACAAAGCAAGGAAACGGGUCAAUAGGGCCCUGCGGAAGGUUUUGGAAAAUGGCAUGGGUUACUAUAUCCCUCAUGACACCAUUAGAUUCAAUGAUUCGACGAUGUAUCGGACUGAUGGGAUCCAUCUGUCCGAACUGGGCAACCAAAUUUUCUUAGCGGAUCUGCAGAAAGGAAUUAGGGAAAUUCUUUCGAAUUUGGUGGGGGUCAGGAGCUAAAUAGACAUUUGCUCCUGAACUGUGGCGGAAUGCUUAGGGGAAUCUCUUAUUUUGGUGUGCACCACAAGGCACCUCUGUUUUGGUGUUGGCCAGAGGCGUGAAUCCUCGCUUAGGGUUUUUACAGCCCCGGCGAGGGUGAACGAUUAUGGCCUUGGAAUGGGAGACUUUGACCUCAUUUGUUUCGGAGGCAAAACUUUCCAACACAUUCCCCUUUAGGUCAUCCAGGUUUAGAUAGACUGGGGACCUGGUGUUUCACCCUAAAUUCAGUCUUAAUGGAUGGUCGGGUAUGACCACUAAUAUCAGCUUAUGCCUUACCAAAUUCUUAGAUGGCUAAGGAUUUUUGGCCCUAGUUCCAAAUUAAAGUUAAAUAGGUAACUAUCAAUAAAGUUGCCCAGUUUUAAACCCAAGCUUACUUGUCUUGUCUCGUUAUUUCGGAGGGUUGGAGGGCAAAAGAGUGAUACAGUUAAUUUCCUUGACCUGGAUAUUAUGCUCUUGUAUUGCAACCGGAAAUUUAUUUGUUUUUUUCCCCUGCUUCUUGGCAGAGAGUUGGACUGAAUGGCCCGUGAGGUCUCUUCCAACUCUAUGAUUCUAUGCUGCAAUAAUUUACAGAUUAGUUGGCCUUAAUAAAGAAGUUAUG